UGAGUGUCUUGGCACUUGUGCGACUCAGAAAGGAAAUCCUUAAAGCGCCAGAAGGCUACUGGACGCCAUUCCCGACAGUCAGUGUAUCUUCUCACAGCAGCUGGGCAGAACCAUGGCAACAACUCCUGAUGCUGCUUUUGAAGCCCUCAUGAAUGGAGUGACCAGUUGGGAUCUCCCUAAAGAAUGCACUCCCUGUGAACUCCUUCUUAUUGGGGAGGCUGCCUUCCCAGUGAUGGUGAAUGACAAGGGUCAGGUGCUCAUUGCUGCCUCUUUCUAUGGCCAAGGCCGCCUGGUGGUCGUAUCCCAUGAGGGCUACCUGAUGCAUGCUGGCUUGGUUCCAUUUCUCCUCAAUGCAGUGAGCUGGCUCUGCCCCUGCCCAGGGGCUCCCAUUGCAGUACAUUCUUCCUUAGCACCAUUAGUUAACAUCCUAGGUGACUCUGGGAUAAAUGCAUUGGUUCAGCCUGAGCCUGGAGAAGCUCUGGGAGUUUAUUGCAUUGAUGCCUACAACGACACCUUGACUGAGAAGCUGAUCCAGUUUGUGAAGCGUGGUGGGGGCUUGCUCAUUGGAGGCCAGGCCUGGUAUUGGGCCAGUCAACAUGGCCGUGACAAGGUGCUGUUCAGUUUCCCUGGGAACCAGGUGACAAGUGUGGCUGGAGUGUACUUCACAGAUGUCUAUGGGGAUAUAAACCGCUUCAAGGUCUCUAAGAAGGUACCCAAGAUCCCACUCCAUAUCAGGUAA